AUGACAAAUGUAAAGCAAUGUUUCUUCAAGUUUCCUGCAAGAGGACAAGUACUGAUAUGUUGUGAUGGUGCAUCAAAGGGUAACCCUGGUAAUGCAGGACUGGGAUUUGUGGCAAGGAAUGACAAUGGUGUAUGCCUGAGAGCAGCUUCUGGAGAAUUGGGGAUAGCAACAAAUUAUCUGGCAGAAGUAAUGGCUUUAAUAGUUGCUGGUGCACGGGUUGUGCAGAAAAAGUAUAAAAAGGUAUGCUUCAUUCUUGAUUCUAAAGAAAUUUUACUAGCUUUUAGCAAUGACAAAAUACCCUGGAUUGUUGUGAAUAGAUGGAACAACAUUAGAAAACAUAUCUCAGAAAUUACUUUCAUCCACUCAUAUAGAGAGAUAAACUUUUUUGCUGACAAAAUGGCUAAAAAGGGUGCUUCUUGCAAGAGGAACAAUUAUAAACUAUGA